CUUUUGUCCGGUCUCUUGUUCUUUUAUUUUUACGUUCUCUCUCACACUCUAGAAUCUGUCGACGAAACCAGCUCCCCAAUGGCAGAAUGAACAGAGACAUCUGCAAUCUAUUCUUCUCAUCAGAAGAAGAAGAAAAAGAAGAUGGCUUUGGAGAAAGAACAAGAAGACUCACAAACCGGUCAAAACGCACCGUUUUGCGCCCUUGAUGUGCUCUACUGCGAGGAAGAAUGUGGGUUCGUGGAGAAUGAUGAUUUUCUCGAGAAAUCUGAUGAAAAUGUCGUAAAGUCUCAGUUUUUACCUCUAAAGGAUAUGUUUUUAUGGGAUGACGAUGAGUUGAUGUCUCUAAUCUCAAAGGAAAAUGAAACGAAUCACUAUGACCAGACAUUAGAUGAGUGUCUGGUUUCUUGUCGGAAAGAGGCUAUAGAUUGGGUUUUAAGGGUUAAAUCUCAUUAUGGGUUCACUUCAACGACGGCUCUGCUUGCUGUGAACUACUUCGAUAGGUUUAUCACAAGUGUUAAGUUUCAGACAGAUAAGCCAUGGAUGUCUCAGCUUGUAGCUGUGGCUUGUUUGUCUUUAGCUGCUAAAGUUGAAGAGAUUCAUGUUCCUUUGCUUAUUCAUCUCCAAGUGGAGGAAGCAAGAUAUGUCUUUGAAGCUAAAACCAUACAAAGAAUGGAGCUUUUGGUUUUGUCUACACUUCAGUGGAGGAUGCACCCUGUGACUCCAAUCUCGUUCUUUGAUCACAUUGUCCGGAGAUUAGGCUCUGAAUGUCACCAGCAGUUGGAGUUGUUUAGGAACUGUGAGCGUCUUUUGAUCUCCGUUGUUACAGAUACGAGGUUUAUGCGUUACAUCCCUUCUGUGUUAGCAACUGCGAUAAUGAUUCAUGUCAUCAAGGACUUGAAGCCAUGUGAACAAGUUGAAUAUCAAUCCCACCUCAUGACUCUACUCAAAGUUAAUCAGGAGAAAGUUAAUGAAUGUUAUGAACUAUUGUUGGAGCACAAAUCAAGCAAGAAGAGGAUGAUGAAUUGGCUUGAUCAGGACAGUCUAAGCGGUGUAUUCGACCUUGAUGACAGCUCAAAUGGAUCCUGGAAUGUCUCUGCUGUUUCAGUUUCAUCAUCUCCAGAGCCUCUGCUCAAGAGGAGAAGAGUACAUGAGCAGCAAAUGAGGUUGCCUUCAAUAAACCCUAUGUUUCUCAAUGUGCUGAGUAGUCCUCGCUAGUACCUUUCAUUAAAUCAAAUGUGUCAUAUCUGAAAAACAUGAAUUCAUUCUCUAUUUUGCGUAUCAUCAUCAUCGGUUAUGGCUACAAUUUAAGGUAGAACAUUUUGUGUGUUUAAAGCUAGUUCCAAAAUCUAACUCUAUCUAUUAAAUUUUAUUCUCUAUACAUGAUUCUGC